GUGUGUGUGUGUGUGUGUGCGCGCGCGUGUGUUACUACACGAGCUGCAACGCAAUUGGACACACGAACAGAUCAGAGACAUGAUGUGACACUCGACCGCGCGUAAUUUACGCAUUUGGAGAGCGGUGCGCGCUGCGAACUCACAGCUGUAACGGUGUCGAUUGCGCCGCGCGUGGAAUCGCCUGAUGCUGAUGUUGUUGGAGUGAAUCCAGGGAUGCUGCGGCGUGUCUGGCUGCCCGAGUGCCGCCGCGCAACGUGGGGCUGCGCCCUCCACUUCUGCUGAGCCGCGGCACAGGCGUCCUUUGGUGUGCGUUUUUCGAAAAUGCAUUGACCCUAAUCUGGAGGGAAUCGCCCGCUAUGGAUCACUCAGGAGACAUUUAAGCAUCUCCUGCGGUGAUAUCGCUCGUUGCUGAGACGGUGGGAGCGCAUGUUGUUUCUCCUCCAGCCUGCAAGAUGGGGAAUAGUUUCUCUAAUUUGGCCGCUUUCCAGUCCUUGCACAUAGUCAUGCUCGGGCUGGACUCUGCGGGCAAAACCACCGUGCUGUACCGGCUUAAAUUCAACGAGUUCGUCAACACGGUGCCCACGAUCGGAUUCAACACGGAGAAGAUCCGGCUCGGCGGCGCGGGGGCCUCCAGAGGCAUCAGCUGCCACUUCUGGGACGUCGGGGGCCAGGAGAAGCUGCGGCCCCUGUGGAAGCCCUACAGCCGCUGCACGGACGGGAUCGUGUACGUGGUGGACUCCGUGGACGCAGAGAGGCUCGAGGAGGCCCGGACCGAGCUGCACAAGAUCACGCGCUUCUCUGAGAACCAGGGGACCCCGCUGCUGGUCAUCGCCAACAAGCAGGACCUGCCCCGGGCGCUGGAUGUUGGGGAGAUCGAGAGGCAGCUGGCUCUGGCCGAGCUGAGUCCCUCCACUCCGUAUCACGUCCAGCCGGCCUGCGCCAUCAUAGGAGAGGGGCUGGAUGAGGGCAUGGACAAACUGUAUGAGAUGAUCGUGAAGAGGAGGAAGUCACUGAAGCAGAAGAAGAAGAGGCAGUGAUGACAGGGAUUUUGGGGCUGGAUGACUUGGAAUUGAUAAAUCUCUAUGACUGAAAUAUUGUAGGGUGGAUUAUAAAGUGGUAGCCUGCGUAGCAGAUUAAAAAAAAAAUCCUUUAUGAAGCUUAAAUAUCCUCAUUAGUCUCCAUGGGAAAAUAUGUAUAGUGAUGCCACAUGAGUUUAAGAACAUAUAUAUUAUAGAGGGACAGAGUUAACCUGAAAUUCAUUUACCAACCGUUUUAUUUUCCAAAAAAACAACCACAUGGACAUCGUCACAGAUAAGAUAACAAGCAAUGGAUGAGCCGAUAUGAUAUUGAGUAUUGAUAUUGGUCCGAUACAGAAUCAGAUACUAAACUCAGGCCAUAAAGUGAAAUGUUCACCAGGGAGGAUCAGACGUAUUUUAAGAUAAAAGAAGACAAGCAGAUAAGUAUAAUUUUGUAAAAAUAAUAAUAAUAAUAAUAUGGUCAAUAUCAGUAUCAUUAUCGAACAUGAAAAACCUACAAUUGAACUAAACCUCUCAUAAAUGAUCAAAUCUGUUUGAGAGUCACUGGAAAACUUUGAUUUGCCUUAAUUUAACGACUGUUUUAAAGAGUCUCUAUAAACUGUGGCACCUUGUGUUUGUAAGACGCUGAUGUAAAGGGACAUAAAAAUGACUGCUUCAUUAUACGGAUGUCUACAUUAUAGCAGUAUAUAUAUAUGUGUGUAUAUAUAUAUAUAUAUGUGCGUGUAUAUAUAUAUGUAUAAAUAUAUAUAUGUACAGUAUAUGGACCUGCUGCGGCAUCGUGCUGUGCACAGAUGUGAGACUGUUGUAAAUGGGAUUAGGGAUGCACUCAUGCACAGACUGGUGUUUAGAGCUGGGAGAUGGUGUUACACCAAAGAUGGCUCUCCUGGGAAGACACGUAAAAAAAAAAAACCCUCUUUCAUCCCACCGUGUUUUUGUCAUCUUGCAACUCUCUGUACUAAUAUGAGGGGGGAAAUAAGCCUUAAGAUUUAACACCAAUGUGGGCUAAUGUAGAUGUUGAACGUGGUGUCAAUUGUUGCUUUACAGGAGCUGUUUUUAGAAAGAAAUGACACCACUGACCCCUGUUUUUUUUUGUUUUUCCCAGAGAAACCCCCUUUGAUCAGCCCUCCCCUCCCCUCCCCAGCUCUGUGAGCGACUAAUACUGUCUCAACACGACACAGAUGUCUGCCUUUAGACGAGAAACCGACCAUUUUAUUGCUGCUUUAUCUCGUUCUUUUUGAACCCGUUACGGCUGGAUUAUUAACACAAACUAGUCAUUAAAAUACAUGGGAAAAUAAUGAAAUUUAUCAAUGCAACUGAUUGUUCAUUAUUUAAUCCGGCAUACAAACCAACCAAUUUGAUAUAAUUACACUUUUUUUGGUAAUGGGCUUUGUCCACAGUCAUUCUAAUGACUUAUAACAACACAAAACAGUUCAAAUGUUUGGGAAAUAACCAAAAAGAAUCCUUAAUUUUUCUUACUCAUAUACUUUUCCCAUGUUUUAUUCAAGCCAGAAAACAAAUCAUCAUGUGCCAAAAACUGUAUUUUAUAAUCUCUGCAUACAAACAAUGAUAGUAAAAGCGGCAUAAAAUGGCAGAUUCAUUGUGUUUAAAACUGUGUUUUCAUCACGUAUCAGCUGAUUCUCAGAGCUGUUGAGUUAAAAAGUGAAGAGUGCAUCCCGUGCUGUGUCGACCUGCUGGCAGUGACAGGACAGAGAUGUUGGAACAAAAAAAAAAAAGUGUCUUCCUGUGAGAACGAUGCAGCGCAACAAACCAACAGGCUGGAACCUGUUCAGCUGCUCCACACACAAAAAAAAGACAAAGAAAAAGAAAAAAAGUCUUUUCCUCUUAUGGAAUGAAAUUUAACUCCAGUAUUUUUUAAUUUAAAAAAUAUAGCCCCAAACAGUGUUAGCAUCAGGGACAGCCUGCGAGAAACUAUAGCCUACGAAGAAAAGCAGUUUGUCUUUGUUUUGGUCUGAAGCGACAUGGAUUGUUCCUGCUGCGGCUCCACAUCCACAGAGUCAUGAAACUGGACUGCAGCACGCGGUUUGGUUCCUCUUUUCAGAGUAAUUUGAUCAAAUCUUUGAAUGUCAUACUUGUAUCCACCGCCGGGGGCAGACGUGAAUGUCACCACUUUUUUCCCGAACGCGCACAAUGUCCGACUGGGCCGCGUUCAACAUUGCAUGACGGGCCUUUCAUUCGAACAAUGUAAAUUAUACAGUAUAGUGUUACAGCCAAGAUACAGCAAGACCAAACAAUGUAUAAUGUGCCAAAACGGAGAGAGGAGAAGAAAAAAAAAAAAGACAAAGAAAGUAUUUUUUGGGAUUAAACUCUUUGCAAUUGAA